AACAAAUUCUGUGGAGAAAUCAGAGAAACCAGGAGUCACAUUUGGGGCAUUUCAUCUUUACUCAUUUCAGAAAAGUACCAACAUGUAUACUGGAGAGAAAUUCUACAAGUGCCCUCAAUGUAGGAAAGCUUUUAAUAAAAGCUCAAAACUCAUUUUACAUCAGAGAAUUCAUGUUGGAGAAAACCCUUAUGAAUGCAAUGACUGUGGGAAAGGUUUCCGUCAUAGGUCAAAACUUAACAUACAUCGGAGAGCACAUACUAGAAAAAAUCCUUAUCAAUGCAAUGACUGUGGGAAAAUGUUUAUUAAUGACUCAAAACUUAUUUUGCAUCAGAGGAUUCAUACUGGUGAGAAGCCUUUUAAAUGCAAUGAUUGUGGGAAAGUCUUCAGUCAUAGGUCAAAACUUAUUAUACACAAGAGAAUUCAUACUGGUGAGAAACCUUUUAAAUGUCAUGAUUGUGGGAAGGCCUUUAUUCGGAGUUCCCACCUCCUUCAACACCAGAGAAUUCAUACUGAUGAGAAGCCAUUUCAAUGUCAUGAUUGUGGGAAGGCCUUUAAUCAGAAUUCCCACCUCCUUCAACACCAGAGAAUUCAUACUGGUGAGAAGCCAUUUAAAUGUGAUGAUUGUGGGAAGGCCUUUAAUCAGAAUUCCAACCUCUCUGUUCACCAAAGAAUUCAUACUAGUGAGAGGCCGUUUCAAUGUAAUGAUUGUGGUAAGGCCUUUAAUCGGAGUUCCCACCUCCUUCAACACCAGAGAAUUCAUAGUGGUGAGAAGCCAUUUAAAUGUGAUGAUUGUGGGAAGGCCUUUAAUCAGAAUUCCCACCUCCUUCAACACCAGAGAAUUCAUACUGGUGAGAAGCCAUUUCAAUGUCAUGGUACUGGGAAGGCCUUUAAUCCGAAUUCCAACAUCUCUAUUCACCAAAGAAUUCAUAAUAUUGAGAGGCUAUUUAAAUGUAAUGAUUGUGGGAAAGCCUUUAAACAGAGUUCCCACCUCCUUCAACACCAAAGAAUUCAUACUGGUGAGAAGCCAUUUCAAUGUCAUGAUUGUGGGAAGGCCUUUAAUCAGAAUUCCAACCUCUCUGUUCACCAAAGAAUACAUACUGGUGAGAAGCCAUUUCAAUGUCAUGAUUGUGGGAAGGCCUUUAAUCAGAAUUCCCACCUCCUUCGGCACCAGAGAAUUCAUACUGGUGAGAAGCCUUUUAAAUGUAAUGAUUGUGAGAAGGCCUUUAAUCGGAGUUCCCACCUCCUUCAACACCAGAGAAUUCAUACUGGUGAGAAGCCUUUUAAAUGUAAUGAUUGUGAGAAGGCCUUUAAUCGGAGUUCCCACCUCCUUCAACACCAGAGAAUUCAUACUGGUGAGAAGCCAUUUAAAUGUGAUGAUUGUGAGAAGGCCUUUAAUCGGAGUUCCCACCUCCUUCAACACCAGAGAAUUCAUACUGGUGAGAAGCCUUUUAAAUGUAAUGAUUGUGAGAAGGCCUUUAAUCAGAGUUCCCACCUCCUUCAACACCAGAGAAUUCAUAGUGGUGAGAAGCCUUUUAAAUGUGAUGAUUGUGAGAAGGCCUUUAAUCAGAGUUCCAACCUCCUUCAACACCAGAGAAUUCAUAGUGGUGAGAAGCCAUUUAAAUGUGAUGAUUGUGGGAAGGCCUUUAAUCAGAAUUCCCACCUCCUUCAGCACCAGAGUAUCCAUACUGGUGAGAAGCCUUUUAAAUGUAAUGAUUGUGAGAAGGCCUUUAAUGGGAGUUCUACCCUCCUUAAACACCAGAGAAUUCAUACUGGUGAGAAGCCAUUUAAAUGUAAUGAUUGUGGGAAGGCCUUUAAUCAGAAUUCCCACCUCCUUCAGCACCAGAGAAUUCAUACUGGUGAGAAGCCAUUUCAAUGUAAUGAUUGUGGUAAGGCCUUUAAUCAGAGUUCCAACCUCCUUAAACACCAGAGAAUUCAUACUGGUGAGAAGCCAUUUAAAUGUAAUGAUUGUGGGAAGGCCUUUAAUCGGAGUUCAAAUUUAAUUGUCCAUCAGAGAAUUCAUACUGGAAAGCUCAUUAAAAAAUCAUGAAUGUGGUAAAGAUUUCAAUAAGAGAACAAACUUCCUGGUACAUCAGAGAAUUCACAUUGGUGAGGAACCUUAUAAAUAUGAAGGCUGUGAGAAAGUCCUCAGUUUUCAGUCAUAUUUUCUUGACCAUCAGAGGGCCCAUAUUGGUGAGAAACUUUAGUAAUGUGAUGAAUAUUCCAAAGGGCUCUGUAAGCA